AUGCCUCUAAAAUCAGCAAUCAGGACCAGUGUCCUCUCGAGAAGAUGGAGAUCCCUCUGGGAGUACAACCUUCUCUCUGCCACAACUCUAGACUUUGCUGAGGACUUCUCCACAAACCAAUCACCCAAAGAAUUUGUCCUCUGUCUCAACCGUUACCUGCUCCAACUGCAACACACCAAGAACCUUGAAAAAGUUCAGCGUGUACUUCUCCCCUUUGAUAUCUUCUUUCCUGACAUCCAGAGAUGGAUCUCCUUUGCUACAAGUAAAGGUGUCAAAGAACUCAAUCUGGAUCUCUCCCAAGGUUUCACUGACCCUCGUGAUGGUCGUUUCCAUGAUGAACGCCCAUUCUUUACAUUGCCUGAUUUUUCACAAAUUGGACCCAACUCCAGUCUUUGUCUCAUCAAGCAUGUCAGCAUCUCAAAAGACAACCUUGAAAACUUACUGAAUAACUGCAAGUUGCUUGAGAGCUUGAGCCUUAUUAACGCUGUAGAUGGCGCAGUUUUUUUAGUUUGA